AUGUUCAAAGCCAGGAAGAAAGACCCUCGUCGGCGCCUGGCGAGCAAGAGCAAGACGGCGGAAGAUGGUGCGAGCGAGGACGAAGCAGGGAACGUGUCGGACGCCAGCGUAGGCACGGCUCCCGCGCCGCCCCCAUCCGCCGCCGCGACGGGCGACGGGCAAGCCCGACCGAAAAAGAUGCGCAAGAAGUCGAAAACGAAGGCGGACAAGGGGGUCAAGCCUGUGCUGAGCUUCGGCCACGAGGAUGAGGAGGAUGCUGGGAUCGGGGUGGGCAAGGCUGCCGCGGGGAAGGGAGCUGAUGGCGUCUUCCGAGUCAAGAAGAGCAAGGCCAGCAAGGCGAUGGCCAAAGCCGCCAAAGAGAAAACGGAGCUCCCCGUCGCUCCGCAGAACGACUCCGCGCGGGGCUCCUGGCACACGGCAACCGCUGGCAUGUACACCAAGGAGGGCCUCGCAGAGCUUCGCAGUAGCCAGGCCUUCACGCCCAAGCCCUCAGGGGGUAGGUCGCGCGAGAGGAUGGCGAGGGGUGGCAACAGCAGCAAUGGGGGCGAGGAAACCGCCGCAGCGGCGGCGAACGAGCGAGUCUUUGCUGGGGACGAGGCGGAAAUGAUACACGAGGCGGGGCAGCAGGGGGACCUGAAAGAGGAUUUGAACAAGAAUGACAUUUCGCGCCUCAAGGGCAGGCACGAGGCGUUGUUAGCCUCUAGAGAGGCUAUGGGAAAAGGUGCACCUGACAGCGGUGAUGGCGAGGAUUUUAUCCCUCUUGACGCGAAGGCCCCUGUCCCCGGUGCGAGAAAGGGCUUGACACACGAUGUCAACGGCGACGGUGGGCGGGAGGACGAUGAAGAGCAGCAGAGAUGGGAAGAAGAACAAGUUCGGCGGGGUGCGACCCGACCGGCCGCUAAGCCGAAGCCCUCCAUUCCGUCGACUUCGCCUUGGGGCGGCGGUAGUACCGUCGCCACAGUAAACGGCGGGAGCGGUACCGCCGGCAGUGGUUGGGGAGGGACGCUGGGAGAGCGUCCCCGUUUCUUGGGCAUAGACGAGAUGCAGAAAGCCCUCAGAGAAGCCGGGACACAGCUGCGGGAGACGCACGAGAGGAAUGAGCGGCAGUUACAAGUGCUGGUGUCGGAGUUAGCUACGCAGGUAGCAGAGGAGAAAAAGCUUUCGUCUCAGGAAAAGGAGGCCGCGGAAAGAUUCGGCUUCUUCCAGCAAACAAGAAACGCUCUGUCCGACCUGUGCGGCAUGCUUCGCGAAAAGGAAGACAUGCUCUCUGAGGUUGAGGCUGCAAAACGCCUCCUCCACACCCGCCGCCUUGAGCGCGUUGUACAAGUCCGCCUCCAAGACCAGGAGGACGAGAUCCUCGACGCCAGGGACGCCGGGGUGAUUGUCUCCGGCCUGGGCCCCUACCGUGCUUGCCCCGGGGGGCCGUUGUCCAAAGCCCCGCGAGUCGGCGGGGCCUCCAUGGGCGGCAGUGCGAACGGCGGGGGAGAUGAUAGGUCCAGGCGGCGGGCCGAACGGCACAAAAGAAGGAGGCGGUCUUCGACCGGGGAGGGGCCCGGUGGGGUCCGCGAGGGGGAAGGGUGGGUGGGGUCGAAGAGCUUCCCGUGGGGUAAGAAGGAGCGGACAGAGGUGUGGCAGGCGCUGGGGUCAGAGGGGGAGGAGAGCGAGGGCGAGGAGGCGAGGGAGGAGGAGAGGCUGACGAGGGUGCUGGAGGCGGCUGAGAUGGUGAUGGAGGACGUAGACGACAGCGUUAAGUCGGUGUCCACGGUGAAGGCUCUAUUCGAGGAAUGGAAACGACAGCACGGGGAGCAGUACGCCCAAGCCUACUGCACGCUCACGAUUCCGGAUCUUCUUGCACCGUUCGUCCGGUUAGAGCUGGUUCGUUGGAAUCCGCUAACUGGCAAUGUGGACGGAGUCGACGGCGUCGGCGCACGGAAUAGUCGGGAUAACAGCAAAGGCCGGAAACCUGCUGCCGUGGGGGUCGAAAACGACUCCAAAGGACCGCCCAACGAGGAGCAGAUAGAGGAGGAGGAAGUGGGGUUCAAGCCACCGGGUGCGGGGGGCGACGAGACCGACGAGGGGGAAGACGACUUGGAAGGUGCCUUGGAAAGGUUCGAGUGGUACCGCAGGCUAUUCGACUUCUCAGGGGAUAUUCCUCCACCGGACAGCGCGGGUUACGGCGCCGAUGAGGACCCCGACCAGAACCUUGUGCCCCAGCUGGUGGAAAAAGUGGCGCUUCCCCUGGUGGCAGAACGCCUGUCCACGGCGUACGACGCCAUGUCACGGCGACAGACGGCCUGCCUAGUCUCGGCCGUUUCGGAGAUCCUGGUUUAUGAUCCUACGGAGGAGUCGCUCAAGACCCUGCUAGGCUCGGCUAUGCGAGCUUUGCAGGCGGCCGUGCAAAACGUCUGCGUACCGCUGAUCGGCGCGUCCACGACCCCGGGCGGCCGAGCGGCUGCGGUUCGCCUGGUCCGCAUCCAGGCCUCCAGGGGCUUAAAGCUCCUCCGGAACUGCUUGGCCUGGCGCGACCUCCUGUCCCCCGAGUCCCUCGUCCCCCUCGCCCUGGGUGAUCUUGUCGCCAAGAGGCUGGUCCCGGCGUUGAGGGAGUUGGGCGCGCGCGGGAAGGCGAGCGGCACCGCGGCCGGGAUCUCGAACGGCGCAGGGCACAAGGGAGCUGCGGCCAUGGGGGCGGGCUGGAGCGAAGCUCUCGCCCUGUGCGAGCGCGCGGUGGAACUGCUGCCGCUUGACUGGAUGGAGCGGACGAACGCCUCGGCGCCGCUGGCGUCUGUCAGAAUAACGGCGAGGUUGUUCGGAGACGGGUUGGGGUCGGGAGGAGUUGGAGGGGGCAAGGGGACGGCGGCACUGGUGGCGGCGGUUGAGAGAGUUGUGAGGCUGCAGGUGGCGUUGGGAGACGAUACCGCCGCGAAGGACCUCGCGCAGCGUUUCGGGCUCAAGAUCGCGUAG